UCCAAAUUGUCACCUCCGGCGGCCGGAGCAUCCCGGCCCAUUCCGCCAUUCUGGUAUUAACUCCGUCUCCUCCAAAAUUCCAUCGUGGUCUCUUAGUUUGUCUAGCUUCCACUGCAUGCUCUUUGGGAUCCAACGUUCACUAUGUUAUUUCGCAUGCAGGCUUCGGCUUCGCCGGUGCUGGAAAAGAUGCUGUACCGAUGCCGGAUAAGCUGGAAUUCGCAAAGAAUAAUCCGCAUCUUGGGUGUCCCCUGCGAUGCGGUGCUCGCCUUGGUCCAGUUCUUCUACUCCUCCAGGUACAAACUCGACGCAAACUAAUGGAUUCCAAUGCAAUAAUUUGAUUGGAAUACAAGAGCAAGUUGAAUGAUGGGUGUGACGGCGAUCGCAGAACUGCAUGGAGAUCGAGGGAGGGGGAGGAGGCGAUGAAGAAAUAUGGCAUGCAUCUGCUGGUGCUGUCUCAUGCGUACCAGGUGAAACGGCUGAAGAGAUGGUGCGAGGAGGGGGUGGCGGCGAGGCUGCGGGCGGAGGUGGUGGUGGAUGUGCUGAAACUGGCCAAGCUUUGCGACGCGCCGUGGUUGUACCAGCGGUGCAUGAGGCUGGUGGCCAAGGAUUUUGCCGCGGUGACGCAGUCGGAGGGAUGGCGCUUCAUCCAGAAGCAUGAUCCAUUGCUCGAGCUGGAGAUCCUGCAGUUCCUCCAAGAUGCAGACCAGAGGAAGAAGAGAUGGAUGAGAGAAAAGAGAGAUCAAGAGAUGUGCCAACUACUGAGUGAGGCAGUGGAGUGCCUCCAACACAUCUGCAGUGAUGGUUGCACAGUUGUGGGGCCCCAUGAUGGCAAGCCUCCAAGUAGGAGCAAGGGCCCUUGCAAAUUUCACACGUGUGGAGGGCUACAGCUCCUCAUUUGCCACUUUGCCACGUGCAGCAGGAAACUGUCCCCUGGAGGUUGCACCCACUGUAAGCGCAUGUGGCAGCUCCUUCAGCUCCACUCCUCCAUCUGUGACCAAUCCAACUCUUGCAAGGUUCCCCUCUGCAAGUGAGUGGAACUCCAUAUGCCAUCUUUUACCCCUCUUUUAUGUUGGUAGUGUUUCACUCAAAGUUUAUUAGCUGAUAUUUCUAUUUAUUUAAUGCA